CUAGAAUGUCGCCCGACUCACGAGAGGAAGGGUGGGCGAGUGGUGUUCUGCAAAAUGGGCUCCCCUGCAACGGAUCUGCGUAGAAGAGUUCCGUGCGGGGAAGCGCUGGGAACCACGUGGGCCUGGGACACGUUUCCGGUGCGGGAGACUGCAGCAGAAGUUGAAAUCCAAGCAGCUGGAGGGGGACCAUGGCCAACUGUGAACGCACCUUCAUUGCCAUCAAGCCCGAUGGGGUCCAGCGGGGCCUUGUGGGAGAGAUCAUCAAGCGUUUUGAGCAGAAGGGAUUCCUCCUUGUUGGUAUGAAAUUCAUGCAUGCUUCUGAAGAUCUUCUCAAGGAACACUACAUCGACCUAAAGGACCGUCCAUUCUUUGCUGGCCUGGUAAAAUACAUGCAUUCAGGGCCGGUGGUUGCCAUGGUCUGGGAGGGGCUGAAUGUUGUGAAGACAGGCCGAGUGAUGCUCGGGGAGACCAACCCUGCGGACUCCAAACCUGGGACCAUCCGAGGGGACUUUUGCAUCCAAGUUGGCAGGAACAUUAUUCAUGGCAGUGAUUCUGUGGAGAGUGCCGAGAAGGAGAUCGCCUUGUGGUUUCAGCCUGAGGAACUGGUGGAUUACAAGAACUGUGCUCAAGACUGGAUCUACGAGUGAUGGGGGAGCUUUGCCCUUCCCCUCCUUACCACGGGCAGAGGACCAGGCUGUAGCAAAUCUAGUUAUUCCCGGAACGUCCUUAUCAUCUGGAGGGAAGCUCUUGGAGCCGUGCGUGCUCCCUGUACAGUGUUAUGCGCUACCAUCAGAUUUAAGAUGUUUCUUCCCAGUGGAGGAUUCGCUGAGUCGGUUACUUUGCAGUGCUGUAUUGCUUGGUGUUAUUUUCUCCUUUUCAUGUACUCUGGAUAACCUGAGUUAAUAAAGAUGUAAAGACACCAUAAAUUAUUCACA